UUAGUAUCCACUCGUACCUCAGGUUCAAGUUCCGCGCGAAAAAAUGUUGGGCACCCACCCCGUCCACCUAAUUGUUUUUUUCUAUUAAAAAAUGCCAUUAUGUUGGCAUUUCGAGCCGGGGGAAGACGUUUCACGAUGCCUUACAUAUGUAAGGUGGCGUCUUUGGUGUGGGAAAAAGCCCCCGAAGACGUGCGGUCUAAAUAUUGUGAACUUUCAAAAGAGGCACUUAAGUUGCACGCCUCAAAGUUCCCAAAUUACAAAUUUAGACCUAAAAAACGGCAAGUAUUUAAGGCUUAUAACCCACAUAAGAGAGAGGGCUCGCUUGAUAUUCCCAAAAUGGCCCCAGCACCAUCAUCUUCGUCUACUACACUCCUUUCGCCGCCACUUACUCCCCCGAUUUUAAAUUUUCCAAUCCCGGAAUACUUCUGCUUUUCUGCUUUUCCUGCUGCUGGCCCACGGGAAUACACAGCAGACAUUGGAUUCCAUUCGAGCGUUAAUGGUGCUACUGAUAAGAUACAGGAACUAUAUCUUAAUUUGGAAAACCAGUGGGUUUUCAAAUUCUGA